GAAGCCCUGCUCUGGCCCGUUGUGUCAGGGGUUCGUCUGCAGCUCCUCCUCUCCCUCCUCCUCGUGCUCCCCGGAGGAGGUGUGUCUCCAGGCUCCUGGGCUGUCUGCUCCACUCCCUGCCCAGACACCCGCCUGUGAGUUCACCCAGCCUGCAGCCCGAGCGCCCACCAGCCAAGUGACCCCAAUGGAAGCCGCCGAAGCCUCCAGAAGCAACGGAGCCAGCCCAGAAGCCAGGGAUGCCCGCAGCCCGCCCGGCCCUAACGGAGGCCUGGAGAACGGGGCCAAGGCCGAGGGCAAAGACGCCAAGGCCACCACCAAUGGGCACGGCAGAGAGGCGGAGGGCAAGGGCCUGGGCAGCGCCCUCAAGGCCGGGGAGGGCAAGAGCUCGCUGUUCUCGGGGGGUGACUGGCGACGCCCCAUCAUCCAGUUCGUGGAGUCCGUGGACGACAAGGGCUCCAACUACUUCAGCAUGGACUCUGGAGAUGGCAAGCGCUCCCCCUAUGCCGGGCUCCAGCUGGGGGCCGCCAAGAAGCCCCCAGUCUCCUUCGCCGACAAGGGGGAGUUGCGCAAGUCCAUGUUCUCGGAGCCCCGCAAGCCCACGGUGACCAUCGUGGAGCCCGAGGGCCGGCGCAACAGUUACCCUCGGGGCGACGGGGGGCUCCUCUCGCGCCCUAAGCCGGGCUCUGAGGAGGUGCUAUGUGAUUCCUGCAUCGGCAACAAGCAGAAGGCCGUCAAGUCGUGCCUGGUGUGCCAGGCCUCCUUCUGCGAGCUGCACCUCAAGCCCCACCUGGAGGGCGCCGCCUUCCGCGACCACCAGCUGCUCGAGCCCAUUGGCGACUUCGAGGCCCGCAAGUGCCCGCUGCAUGGUAAGACCAUGGAGCUCUUCUGCCAGACCGACCAGACCUGCAUCUGCUACCUUUGCAUGUUCCAGGAGCACAAGAACCAUAGCACCGUGACGGUGGAGGAGGCCAAGGCCGAGAAGGAGACAGAGCUGUCCCUGCAGAAGGAGCAGCUGCAGCUCAAGAUCAUUGAGGUUGAGGACGAAGCAGAGAAGUGGCAGAAGGAGAAGGACCGCAUCAAGAGCUUCACCACCAACGAGAAGGCCAUCCUGGAGCAGAACUUCCGGGACCUGGUGCAGGACCUGGAGAAGCAGAAGGAGGAGGUACGGGCCGCGCUGGAGCAGCGGGAGCAGGACGCCGUGGACCAGGUGAAGAUCAUCGUGGACGCGCUGGAUGAGAGGGCCAAGGUGCUGCAGGAGGACAAGCAGACCCGCGAGCAACUGCACAGCAUCAGCGACGCCGUACUCUUCCUGCAGGAGUUCGGUGCCCUGAUGAGCAAUUACUCACUGCCCCCACCCCUGCCCACCUACCAUGUCCUGCUGGAGGGGGAGGGCCUGGGGCAGCCACUAGGCAACUUCAAGGACGACCUGCUCAACGUGUGCAUGCGCCAUGUGGAGAAGAUGUGCAAGGCGGACCUGAGCCGCAGCUUCAUCGAGAGGAGCCACAUGGACAACGGCGGGGACCACCGUUACAUGAACAACUAUAGCAGCAGCUACAGCAGCGAGUGGAGUGCACCUGACACCAUGAAGAGAUACUCCAUGUACCUGACUCCCAAGGGUGGGGCCCGCACCUCCUACCAGCCGGGGUCCCCCAGCCGUCUCUCCAAGGAGACCAACCAGAAGAACUUCAACAAUCUCUACGGCACCAAAGGGAACUACACCUCACGGGUGUGGGAGUACACCUCCAGCAUCCAGUCCUCCGACGACCAGCCCCCCGUGCAGGGCAAUUCCUCCUUCUCCCUGAAAGCAGGCAGUGGCAAGGUCCCCUAUCAGUUCACCACCCUGGGACAGGCCACCUCAGAGUUUUCCAAACCUCUGGACGUCGGUGGGCCAUUUAGAAAUAACCCUGGCUACCCCUCCAUCAUCCGUAGCCAGAGCCCCAAGGCCCAGCCCCAGACUUGGAAAUCUGGCAAGCACACCAUGAUGUCUCACUACCGUCCCUUCUACGUGAACAAAGGCAACAGCAUGGGCUCCAACGAGGCACCCUGAGCCCAGAGGGGACAUCACCUGGCCACCCCACCCCUGCUCCUGCCUUCUAAGCUGCUCUCAUCACUGGGGGCUGGCUGCCCCACUGGCCUCCACACCCUGCCUGCUUCCCCGUGCUGGGGCUUCCCCUGGGCCAGGACCUUCCUCUUGGGGGUGGCUGGGACAGUGGCUGUUGGCCUUCUCCCCGGGGGUGUGUGGCUAUGACAGCACCCCCUCUUGCAGCCAGGGUCCCCACAGAGGGACACCUCAGUGUCUCUGCCCUGUUUACCUCCCCCACCCUCUGCACCCACUCUAAGAGGGGUUCUCCAAGCUGUGGGGGGGUAGCCCUCAGCCACCACCCCAUCCUCCCUCCCUCUUGCUCAGUCUAGCCUGCAGGCAGGUGCUGGCUCAGCCGCCCAAGGGCGAGGUCCCUGACACACAGACCUAGCACAGUGGCGGAGCAUGGGCCUCACACACUGCCAACAGCUAGAGCUGAGUGGCGCUCUGGUUGGAAAACCAAACCUGAACAAGAAUCUCAUUAGCUGCUAACUGUGGGUGCUGGGGAGCAUGGGCAGGAUGGUGGCUGGGCUGGGGCACAGGGCCCCCACAGCUGCUCUACCAGCCCCCCUUUACCUUGGCUGCUCCCCUUCAUGCUGUCAUGGGGCCCUGGGGUCAGGCAAAGAGACCAAGGCAGGAGCUGCAAGGUGGGGUCUCCCUCCCUCAGGGGAGGUUUUGGGAGGUGGGCUGGCUUGCAGAGGUGGGAGGUGGGAGGUGGGGGGGUGGCAUUUGGCUUGGGCUUCCCCCUCCUGAAUAAAUUGUUGAUGACCUA